CCCACUUACUUUUACAUAUGAACGGGGAAAUAAUGAAAAUGGGUCAAAUAUCAGUAAAAAGAUCACCGACCUGGCGACCUUGAUGAUGAUGCAUUGGAGGCUCUCGUCAUCAUCUCCAACAUCAAGCUAAGGCUCUUCUCUAUUCCUCUUCAUUCAUUGAUAGAAACACUAUUCCCCUCUCUCUCUAAACAGCUAGCAUUCUUCUUCUCUCUCUGCAAUACAUACAAAUAGUUGGUAGUACAUACAGAGAGAUAGAGAGAGAGGAAUUGAAUCUAAUGGAGUACGAAAGGAUUCACAAAGUGCAGACUGGUUUACUAUCACCAAGUAAGCUUAGAAUGAAGCUUGUAGGAGUACAUCAUCAGAGGAAGAAUAAGGAUGGGUCAAAUUCAAAUUGUAACUCCUCAAGAACCUCACCUUCCAAAGUUGGGGAUUCUGAGUUUGUGAAGAAUAGCUUGUUGGCCGCCUCUGAUUUUGAGGAAGAAGCACCUAGGUAUGGAACCACCACACUGAAAUUGUCUGGAGAUGCAAUGCCAAACGGGAGCCAUAGUAUUCUUGAGACAAUGGACAACCCAGACUUUAGCCAUCCGAAGACACACCAUCACCUAAAGGGCGAAUUUGGCAAUUCUAGUUCGGUUCACCCUUUAAAAAUAUAUGAGGAUGAAAAUCUGGAUUAUGACAGCACUUCUAGCUUUGAGUUUCAUAAAGGGGAGAGAUCAAUGCACCAUUCCAUAGCAAGAUCAUUCUCUAGACCUAUGCCUUCGAAGUGGAAUGACGCCGAGAAGUGGAUAAUGAGUAGGCAAAACAUGCAAGCAAACCAUCCAUCCAAAAAGGUUCAUUUUCAGACCCAAAUGAACAGAAUGCCGGGGAUGAGUAUUGUUAGGGUUGCCCCCGAAUCCACUACCAUAGUUGAAAGUAAAUUAGCUGUGAAGAGGGUUGACUUUUGUCAACCGUCAUCUAACAAUGGAACUCAUACUAUUUCUGGUCAAGGGAAUAUGUCGACCGCCUUGAUCGAUCUUUCUCCUGAAAGCAAUGAUUUAGCAGAGAGGGAUGAUGGUAGCUUGACAGAAGAUGAAGGUCUAACUGAUGGCAUUAGAUCGGUUUCAAUGAGAGACAUGGGAACAGAAAUGACUCCGAUUCCAAGUCAAGAACCUUCCAGGACUGCAACGCCCACUGGGGCUACGACCCCGCUUCGCAGCCCAACCUCAUCAAUCCCGUCUACUCCUCGAAGAGGAGGGGAAGAGCCACCACCAACUACUCUAGACCAUCAUCAUGCCUUUGACAACCAUAAUAAUAGUAAUAAUAAUUUUCAGCUAGAAAAUAGUAAUCAAAGGGAAUUGUCUGAGCAAGAAUUGAAGCUCAAGACCAGAAAAGAGAUAGUAUCCCUGGGUUUGCAACUCGGUAAGACGAAUAUUGCUGCUUGGGCAAGUAAGGACCAGAAAGAAAGGGAGAGCUCUGAUGGUCAAUGCACAGAGACGACUGAGCUUGAGCAUCAAGUUGAGUUUGCCAAACGUGCCGCUGCUUGGGAGGAAGUUGAAAAGUCAAAGCAUGUCGCUAGAUUUAAGCGCGAAGAAAUACAAAUUCAAGCUUGGGAAAGUCAACAGGAAGCGAAGCUUGAAGCAGAAAUCAGAAGAAUUGAGGCACAAGUUGAGAAAUUGAGAGCACAAGGACAAGCAAAGAUGGUAAAGAAGGUAGCAAUGGCAAGACAGAAAUCAGAAGAAAAGCGUGCAAUGGCUGAGGCCAGGAAAAACCGCCUAGCUCAGAAAACUGCUUCCGAUGCCGAAUAUAUUCGCCAAACUGGUCGGUUUCCCUCAUCCACUCUCUUGUGUUGUGGAUGGUAAUUAUUUUAGCUACUUGUUUGUGUUAAUGUAAGUUUUCAGAUGGGGGGUAUUAUUUACUUCGCUAGAAGGUAAAUAAAUGCUCCUUUCUACAUAAACUAUUAGGUGAUGGGUCCCUUCUGUAGCUCUCGAGAGUCAAGAGUAGUUUGUAUAUGCUGGAAUGCCAUUUUUCCUAUCUUUAUCAAGAAAGCAUUUUUUAUACUCGUA